CUCAGAGUUUUAGACAGUUUGUUGUCAUGUAAUCAUGUGUAAAUCUGACAUUUGAUUUGAGUUUUGUGGUUACUUCAAUAAUAUUAUUAAUUGUUAUGGGUACAUAUUUGAAAAUUUAUUUACUAGAUCAACUGAAUUAUGAAAAAUGGCAAUAAAUAAAAUAUAAUAUACUGGUAUUCAUGAAACUUUAAUAUGUUUUCUUUAAUUCAUGGUUUCUAUAAAUAUAUGGUGAAGAAAGAUGAGUACUGUGUACUUAUUUUGGGUCUGGACAAUGCAGGAAAAACUACGUACCUAGAAGCAGCAAAAAUGAAACUUACUAAAAAUUAUUCUGCUAUUAAUCCACUUAAAAUUACUACAACUGUUGGACUCAAUAUUGGUAGAAUCGAAGUUAAUGGUAUCAGUCUGAAUUUUUGGGACCUUGGAGGACAAGCUGAACUUCAGUCACUCUGGGAUAAGUAUUAUGCAGAAUCCCAUGCUAUAAUUUAUAUAGUUGAUUCCUCAGACAGAGAGAGAAUAGAUGAAUCAAAAGAAACCUUUGACAAAGUCAUAGCUAGUGAGAAUUUAAAAGGAGUUCCAUUACUUGUGUUGGCAAAUAAACAAGACAUUCCAGAAUGUAUGGGAGUUAGGGAAGUCAAACCAAUUUUCAAUAAAAAUGCUCAACUCAUUGGAAAAAGAGAUUGUAUGGUUAUGCCUAUUUCAGCUCUCACAGGGGACGGUGUUGAUGAAGGCAUAAGAUGGCUCGUAGACUGCAUUAAACGAAAUAGUUUUUUAAGGCCUCCAAGAAAUCAAGAGGAAACUUAAGUUGAAAGUGUUAUGAGAUCAUUUUUACGUAUAUUAUGGAGACUUUGUAAAUAUUUAUUUAAAUCUUCGUUCUCAACUUGUUAAAUAAUUUUUUUUAUACUAAAAACAAUGAAAAAUAUUUUCAUAAAUGCUAAAGUAUUAAUUAUUCUGAAUAGGAUAUUUGAUAAAAAUAACAAAAAUAUGCCAAAUCUUAAUAGAUUAGUGAAUUUUUGAUUUUCAACAUAUUUAUGUAUAUACAAUUUGUAGCUUAAUUUGUUGAAAUAAAUUAGUAAUUUUUU